GAUUAUUAUGAUAUCACAUAUGUGGAAAUAUUAUCAUCCGGUCGCUUACUUUUGGAUCAGGAGCAAGGUAUCGAAGAGAAAAACACGCAAAACAAUUACGCAUCAGCAUCGACACAUGCAUAUCCGGAUCGGCCGGCAAUCCUAGAAACGGCACCAAUACCGUGGUGGGUGAUUGUCCUGUCAGCAGCACUCGGCCUCUUGAUCCUCUUCAUCCUGAUUGUGAUUUUCUGGCGAUGCGGAUUUUUCAAACGCAAUCGCCCCCAACAUCCAACACUACAUCAAGCGGAGUACCAGUUCCGACAAGAGGAAUGGAGCGACACAUGA